AUGGAGCGAGACGGCGAACGCGGCUACUACGAGAGCGAGGAGAGCGACGGCCAGUACGAGCGCCGCAGGAAGGACAGAUUGAGCCAUGAGCAGCGCCGGAGCGAGGGCAAGGAGCCCUUCCCGGAGCUCAACCUGUCACCCCCGGGGACCCAGGAUACUCAGAGGACCCAGGAUACUCAAGAAACACGGGUAGAGACACUCGAGAUGGACACGCUGACGCCGGCAUCCCUGGCGUCUCCAGGCUCUCCAUGCUCGCCAGCGUCUCUGGCAUCCCCAGGCUUCCCAUCCCGGUCGAGCUCGCCGCUGUCUGUGGCCUCGGGCGAGCUGGGCAUCGUCGCCUCGCGCCGUCUCACCACCGAGAGCGUCCUGACGACGGCGAGCCUGCAGCCCAGCGGCCCCUUUGCCGGCCUGCAGCGCUUCUGGUGGGCUCAUGUGUCUGUCCGCGUCCCCCGGAAGCAGAACCGCGACCACUUCGCCCUCGAGAGAACGUUCCUGGCGUACAUGCGGACGUCGCUGACGUUUGCCAUGGUCGGGGUGCUCAUCGCGCAGCUCUUCUCGCUCAACCACGCCGUCGUGCACAACGCCCAGUUCGGCUUCCACCGCGUCGGCAAGCCGCUCGCCUGCGUCUGCCACGUCCUCGCCAUCCUCGUCGCCGUCGCGGGGGCCUACCGCUUCUGGCGCCAGCAGCACGCCCUCGCCCGGGGCAAGGUCUACGCCGGCGGCCGCGAGCUCAACUUCAUCGCCCUCGUCUCUGCCGCCAUCGUCGCCGUCAUCUUCGGCCUCGUCAUCGCCAUCAGCGCCCGGCGCGACAGCGAGGCCGUCCUCUAG